CCACGGCUUGCACGUAAGUAAUACCCACACAUAUAUUUAUCCUUUUUUUCCUUCUCUUUACGCUUUUUUAAAAUUUAAAAUAAAGAAGAAAAAAAACUCAAAAAACUCUUCACAUAUCCCAUAUAUAUGUGUAGAUAUCUAUUCUGCAAAUAGAACUCACGUUUCUUUGUUUCCAAUUGUAGAAUAACACACAACUUUAUUUCUCCUGUUCAAGACUCCUUUAUUUUCUCUUAUGUUCAAAGAGAUGAAUCUGAAUCUGAAGCAAAUGGGCAACAUGAUCUAUGAAGAUCCAACAAGGAUCCAAGAAGAAGAAGACAUUGUUCAAGAAGUUUCAACAACAUUCUCUGAUGAAGAAGAUAACUCAUCAUCUUGUUCAUUAUCUUCUUCCAUGUGUUCUGAUUUUACAGAGGAUGAUGAUGAUGAUGAUGUUUCUUCAUCUUCUUCAAAUGGACCUCUUGAAGAUCUCUCUGACCUCAUGUCACACCUCCCUAUCAAGAGGGGAUUAUCAAAGUUCUAUGAAGGAAAAUCUCAAUCAUUCACAUCACUAGGAAAUGUUAAAAGCCUUGAAGAUCUUAUGAAGAGAGGGUUUAAAAGUAGAAACUAUGGAGCAAAAAGAAAGUCAUCUAGGAGUACUGGAGGGAUUUUAGAUCAAAGCUACAAAAGGGUUUUUAGUCCUAAAGCUACAAUCUCCAAGAAACCCAACAGAACACCUUCCUCUGUUCUCUCUUGUCUAGCCAGAAGAAGACAUUAGAUCUCAGACAAACAUUAGUUUCUUUUACAAGUUUUAACCCUUUUUACGAUUCACCAAAAUCGGUUUCAGUAACAUGACAACAACAAAAAAACAUCGUAGCAUUCCACUGUCUUAAUUGUGUAGAAUAGACUUGUUUAUACCUCUCUUUUUUUGGCUGUUUGGGUCAUUUGGUUGUAUGUAUCAAAGCUUGUAAACAGGAGUGAUUCACAGAAGAUGGAAGCAUUUCCACAU